UAAUAAUGCCUUAAAUGAAUAUAAAAAUGCAUAUUUUACUGAUUGUUUGAGGGCAUAUUUCAACUUAUGUACCAUGUACAAGAAUAUUUCUCAUCCUUGUUAAUAAUGGAGGUACAAAAUAAUAUCGUACAAAAAAAAAGAGUAUAAGAUUCGACCCUUAGGCUAAACUAAUCAGUUUCUAUGAUUUACACUUGAACUAGGUGCCCAACAAGUGACGACAAUCUUAUAGCCGUGAAAAAAUAAUAGUUGAUACUAAAGUCUCGAAUAACUGAACCAGAUGCAAUAUUUAAACAUUUUAAAUGCUACAAAUCAAAAGAGUAAUACAUUGAAAAUCCAGUGUUUGAAUUAUCUUGAACAACUUCAAGAAGUUUUAGGAAACAAAAUAUUGCUAACAAAAAAAAAACAAAAAAAACGAUAUAUUUUUAAAAAAUAUGCAUUAAAUAUAUAUAUGUUUUAAAAAAAUUCAAACUCUAAUCUCAAUAAUAAAGAGUGAAAGUCCUCCCAAACAACCCAUACGAACUACAAAAUUAUCUAAAAUUACAUAAGCAUGAUAUCAAAACUAAAUUCAUAAGAAAUUUUUAUAUUGAAACUCUACCUACGGAAAAAAAUCGAAUCUUCAUCGGUCAUUUAGAUUCGUGCAAGCAUGUUUAAUAAUAUUCAUGUUUUUUACGGUUUUUUCUAAAUAUUCCUGCGUAAGGUUCCGAAGUCCGAACACAACAAGCCAGUUCGUAACCCCCGCCAGCCACAGUUAACCGCAGUUAACCAUAAGGUUCUCACCCCCCUACCUUAUAUGUAACCCGAGUUUUCUUUACCUUACAUGCGCUAUCUGCAGUUCUGAACCUGAAACCUUCCCUUUAUUUUGUCCUGAACCCUACCACCUUCUACUUCCUGUCCGCCUUAAUCGCCCCAAGACACUCUGACUACACAGUUACAGAGAGCGAGCGAGCGAGGACAAUGGUGAAGAGCAGGAUAGCUAGUUUGCUCCUGUUCAUGGCGGUGGUGCUCGCUUCGUGGUGGUCGACGGCGAUCUGUCACAAUAUAACGGCGAUCCUCGACAACUUCCCUGACUACAGCAUUCAAAACGGCUACAUGACUUCGACGAAGAUCGCCGACGAGGUAAACUCCCGUCAGACCCUAACCUGCCUCGUCCUCCCCAACAUCGUCAUGUCCGCCCUCGCCGCAGACCACGCCCCUGCCUCGCUCAAAAAUGCUCUCCGUCUCCUCGUUCUCCUCGACUACUUCGAUUCCCAGAAGCUCCAUGACAUUGAUGGUGGCACCACAAUCACCACCACUCUCUUCCAAACCACCGGCGAAGCCAUCGGUCAAGAGGGUUUCGUCAACAUUACUAAUCUCCGCGGCGGUCGCGUCGCAUUCGGAUCCGCCGUUCCCGGAUCGAAACUUACCUCCGAUUACACCAAAUCCAUUCGCCAAAUCCCGUACAAUAUCUCUAAGAUCUCCGCUCCGAUCAUCUUCCCGGGGUUAUUUGACGACGGCGCUGCUUCGGAUGCAAAUCUGACCGCCAUUCUCGAGAAGGCUGGAUGCAAGAUUUUUGCAUCGCUUAUUUCUUCAUCCGGUAUGAUCAAGAUCUUCCAGGUCGCGAUGGUCAAGGGGCUUACGCUCUUCGCCCCGACCGAUGAGGCGUUCAAGGCGAAAGGAGUUCCUGAUCUGAACUCGAUGAGUAGCGCCGAUCUUGUUACUUUGCUUCAGUAUCAUGCCGUCGCUUCCUACAAUCCGAAAGACUCUCUUAAGACGGUGCAUCAUCCCAUCGCUACUAUGGCUUCUGGCGCUGCGGGAAACUAUGAGAUCACCGUCACAGUUCAGGGGGACGAUGUCACGCUUCACACCGGCGUGGAUUCUUCCCGCAUAGCUCGCACGGUGCUCGACGAAACGCCUGUUUGCAUUCUCACCGUUGAAAGCGUUCUCCUGCCCGAGGAGCUAUUCGGGAAUGCGCCGUCGUUGGAGCCGGCACCUGCGCCAGGAGCGGCUGAGGAGAGCCCGGCUCCGCAGGUGGCUACUCCUGUAAUGGCGCCAGCACCGGCUCCGGCUCUUGCGAAAGUGCCGGUGCCGGCGCCAGCAGUGAUGUCACCAGCUGAUUCGCCGGCAUCGGCUCCGGCGGCUGAGUCACCAGAUGAUGUGGCGGAUAAGGAGGACGACAGGUCGACGGCAGCUGUAGCCAAGGUAACUUCAUUCUGUAUGGUGAUGGCUGCGGUGGUGUUAAUGUGAGUUGCGGUAGGGUUUAGGGUUUGGUGACGGACCGUUGGAAACAAAAUUUUCUUACAUUUUUAAUUGACGUUAGGCAUUAUUGAUUUUCAGAUUUUGUUCUUCGCUUUUUGUUUUUUGUUUUUUGCUUUUUCUUUUUUAGGGACAAAAAUCUUUUUUCUUUAUUGUUAUCGUGUGAGUUUCGUGUCGAUUAAUGACCUGUGGACGGGUGGUGGUGGUGAUGAGGUAUGAGGGAGCAGUGUGAUUGUUCCCGACAUGUAUUAAAAA